CUGGUCAAAUUAGGGAACCCUAGCUGACUGACUGAUUAUAAACAGGGGUGUCAGGGGUCCUGUUCAUUCUGAGAGCUGUCUCUGAUGAAGAUGGGACAAUUUUAACCUGAUGCAGCACUCCUGAGGAAAGCAAUAAUGAGAAAAAGUAAAACUGCUUCUACCUUAAAAGGAUCUAAUUUACUGGUACACCAAAACACAAGACUGAAGGCUUCUACAAGUGUGAAAUCUAGAAGAGAUGGAAUAAGUGAUACAAAUAAAAGACACAGUCCGGCUCAAAACACUAGAGGCAAAUUGCCAAGUCAGAAACAUCCAGAACCUUCACCAAACCUCUCCUGCAUAUUUAAGAAUCCAGACAGUCAAGAUGAUGAUGAAUACUAUGAUAAUCCAUUACACAGUACGGCAGUGUUCGAUGGUGAAUCAGAGCUGAAUAAUGAGGGUGAUGAUAAAGCAGCAGAAGGUUGCGUGCAGAGUUAUCAAGGGAAGCCUAACCAGCAAUCGAUGCCUCAGGUUAAAGAACAAAGGAGAGCAAAACGCAGUGCUUUGACUCGCAUAUCUGAAGGUGUGGAAGCAGAAGAAAGUGAAAUGAAUACAGAAGAUGUGAACAAUGAGGCAUCGAAUGAAAGUACAACAGAGUCUCUUCAGAAGGCAGAAACUGAAUUGGUGAAGUUGAAAGCAGUAUCCAAUUCGCAAUCCAGUAAAGCCUCCAAACGAUCAGAGGGUACUCGGUCACGGACAAGUGGAGUAACAAAUCCCAGUGAUGGGAACUCUAGAAAUCGGCAGGGUGCUGCUUUGACUGGUAGAACAAAGAAAUCGCUGCUUGAAACUCGGGCAUCUCUUUCAAAGCGAAAAAGGCAAAGCAGCAAAAGAGCAAGUGCAUCAACAGCUCACAGCAGGAACUCCUCUUUUCAUGCAGAGCCUUCCAUGGAACCUUCUCUACAAGAUAAUGUUAACUCCAAUAGGCUGAAAAGAAAACAAACUUUGGUCACAAGAACAACUGGACCUGAUGCCUUUUGUAAUACAACUGCAUCAAGAUCUCUUACUGCAGAGGCUGGUCCAUCAUCUGCGAAAAUCUCGUGUUCUGAGGAUACAAAGAGGUCAACAAAAAAUAUCACUGACCUAGAAGUUGUUCUCAGUGAUUUUGAGAAAAUUGUUACAGAAUACAAGCAGUCUAUGGAAUCUAACAUUUGCACAAAAGUAAUUGACAGAUUCUUCACCGAUUUAAAGGAGCAAAUUCUUGAAACAAUCAGUCAAGUGAAAGAUCUGAAGAAUUUGGAAAGAGCAAAUGCAAGGGUGAUGACAACUUUCAACAGGACAAGACAGCAGUUUCUAGUAGCUCAGAAGGAAUUGAAUGAGCAGGAAGUACAACUCAAAUACUUACGGAAAGAGUAUUCUGAAUUAAGUCAAAAGAAAUCAGAUUUGCUACAUGCAACACAAUUCCUGUCUGGUUUUAAACAACUGCAAGCAGAAUAUAUUGAACAUAGAAGCAAACACCCUGGUGAGAAACAAACGUAUAACACUUCCAGCUUUCCUGCUUUGUUGCUAGAAGCACGUGGAAUUCUGGGAGCAGAAAAACAGCUGCAGAUAAUAAAUGCAAAAUUACAGCAAUCACUGGAGAAGCAGCAAAACAGUUCGACAAGUAUGUAGCCCAGGGGUCCAGUAAAGAGCUCAUCUUCCAAAAAGCAGUGUUAAUUGCCCAAUUUUGGUACAUGUUCUUGAGGCUGCUGGAUUGACUGUUCACCUGCUUUUCAUUUAUCUUCAGCGGAGUGUAUGUGCCAGCAAGGAAGCCCCUCUAAUUUGCCAGUCAUUUUAAAUUAUGGUGGAAGAUUUGAUUAAGAGUCUGGUAGAGGUAUAGGCUUUCUAAUUCCUAAUUGCUACUGAUGUAGAAACCACAAAAUUUACCCAUUAUUUAUCAGUAUGCAUAAUCUUUACUGAUGUGGUUUGUAUAAAUAAAACAAACUUUGUAGUUUAUCUUCAAGGUGUUUUUUAAUGUUAAAAUAUAGAUGAAAGCUUUCAGUAUUACAAAUUUGUUU